AUGGCACCUUCUCACCGCCGUGGACCUUGGGUCCCUGAAGAGGAUCAAUUGCUACUUCAGUUGGUUCGGGAACAAGGCCCCAACAACUGGGUGCGCAUUUCGCAGCACAUGCACUACCGGUCUCCCAAGCAAUGCCGGGAACGAUUCCACCAGAAUCUCAAGCCAUCUUUGAACCGCGAGCCUAUCUCCGCUGAUGAGGGUCUGAUGAUUGAGCGGAUGGUAAACGAAAUGGGCAAGCGGUGGGCCGAAAUUGCCCGACGACUCGGCAAUCGCAGCGACAACGCAGUAAAGAACUGGUGGAACGGCAGUAUGAACCGCAAGAGGAGAGGUCUCCCCACUUCAAGCACCACGCACAUCUCACGCACUUUCAAUGGUCGGAUUGAAGCCCCAUAUGCGCGCGCCUCCGUGUCUUUGAGCAGCCCGACCAGCCGCUCUCGCUUUACUUCUAUCUCGACCGAUAGACCUCUUACUUCCUGGUCGAGACGGGACUCCACCUCGACCGCUUCCCUUGACGGCCCUCGCCAACUGACGCCUAUCUACACUCUCCCCGCUCUCAACCGCCCGGUCGACACGCCUUUGACCUCGCCUGCUUACUCGGAGGUUUCUCAUACUCCCUCUCUUGAGCCACCAUCCAUGAUCUCAGACCACAACUCAGUUUCCUCCGCAUCCCCUAGAACCAUCUCAUCGCCACAGCUCCUGCCAUUCCCCGUGGACACCCGCCAACAAUACGGCGAGUUCCGCAAGCAGAGCUCAUUGGAUGACGUCUACAUCUAUCCAACCCCGAAGAAGCUGGACACUUUUGCCGAUCUGCCCUUCAAAUCUAGAUGGGUUUCGGACAACCAGCCUUGGAGCCAGCACUCAACCUCGUUGUCGCAGACUUGGCUCGUUGCCCCCGAAGAAUCCCGACCAGAGGCACCUAAAGCCGAAUCCCCACGUGAUUCGCGCAUGGGUCUCAGCAACCUGCUGAACUAA